AUGCAGUACUAUUCACUUUGGACGACAAUUUAUUUUUUAUUAAUUAUUCUUUUCAUCAGUUAUUUUCAACGAAUUCAUUCAUUGCGUUGUAAAUGCAAUGCUAAUCGUGGACCAUCACGAUGUAUUGGUGAUUAUUGUGAUAUACAUAAUCGUGAUGAAAAACGUGCAGCAUGCGGUGCAUUACGACGUGCAAAGCAAACUAUUUUUGCAUGCGUAUUAAUUCGUCGAACAUCAAAUGAUACAUAUUGUCAUGUAAUUGGUAGUACAACAGCAUGUUGGUGUCGAGAAAUGGAUUUUUGUAAUGCUGAUUUAGAAGCCGAAUUAUUUGAUAUUGAUGAAUCAAAUGAUAAUUCUGAUGAAUUAUCAUCAUCUUCAUCAUCAUCAUCAUCGUCAUCAUCAUUAUCAGCAUCAUCAUCCAAUUUUAUUGCUAAUUCACAAAACGAAAAAUUCAUCAUUGAACCUAACAAAUUGAAAUCAACUAAAUUACAAUCAGUAACAACAAUAGAUCCGAUACAAUCAUUUAACACUGCUGCUAAAACUAUCAUCCAAUCGAACAACAAACAAUCAAUGAAGACGAAAAUUAAUUCAGCAAUUGAAAUUGAUAUCGUUGAAAAGAUAAAACUUACACCGCAAAAAGAAAAUCCACCAACGGCAGUUGCAGAAAUAAUUCCUGACAGCUACGAUUAUGAAUUAGAUGAAGAGUGA